AUGCUGCCCAAUGGUAUUUUAGGGCCUCACCAUGACUCCCACUCAAGACCAGUCUCGGCCAAUACCACUUCGAGCUUCGAUUUCGCAAACCGUCCUCCGGUCCAGUUCCACGUGACUGCCUUGCCCGCCAAUGCUGUCGGGAACCUCACACGGACAGACCAGAUCGUCUUGAGACAUUUCUGGGAAUCUAAGUACGCGGAGAACAAGGCCAGAGACCUGCAUUUCCUGAAAUUCCCCUACUUCCCGCAAUACCCUGGCCAUCAGGACCUCAUCCCGUAUUGCGAGAUCUACCACUUGGUCAAGACAUCACCAGGGGCGAAGAUACUUGGCCUGGGUAGUGCCAACGGUGUCUACAUCGGGUUUGAGCUCUUCUCCGGCUCGCAACUCCACAUUGACAUGGAUGAUGCCUGGCACAAUAUCUCCCAUCACCGUGUGAGCUUCAAGUCCUAUGAGAAGAUGCUCAAAGAUCCGGCCUCGGACACUGCGUUCAAGUCGUGGCCGAAGCCUCUCACCAUCGAAUUUCUCGAGGAGCAGUAUCAACGUUGGAUGUUGGACCUGACCAGCUUCUGCUGGGACACAGAGGAAGUGACAGAGUUGGGCGGCGGGACCGGGGGUAGUGUCGAAAGUGACUUGAAGGACGAGAUGCUGUAG